GGCAGCAUCCCCAGAGCGCAGCAGGGCGGGGGUUAGGGGGAGCAGUCGGUAGCAGCCCCUCGUACGGCAGGAGCGAGAAGUGCCAGUCUCUCUGCACAGAGCAGCAGCGUUCAGCCUGGGCCAGACGUGCUGUGGUGAUGGCUGCCUGGUGCCCUCGUCUCCUGCUCCUCACCGGCCUGCUGGCCCUGUCAGCCCCAGUUCUCACCCUGGAAAUACACAACCUGAACAUCUUAAAGGGACCCACCCAUGCAAUCCGGAACAUCCACCCAAAGCACCUGAAGGCAGUCUGGCCCAAGGACUGCAGCGAGAUAACCUGGAACAGGGUCAGUGGCGUCUUUGUCAUCCAGCCCACAGGAUUCCACCAGAUUGUCGUUUACUGUGACUUGAACAGCACCAGCGAGGGCUGGACGGUCCUCCAGCGGAACCGGCGCGACACACAGAUCACCUGGGCUGAGUCCUGGAGCACCUACAAGUACGGCUUUGGCAACGUGCAGGAUGACUACUGGCUGGGGACGGAGUACAUCUAUCGGAUCGCGAAGCAGAAGGUCUACCAGGUCAGGUUUGUCAUCCACGAUUCAUCCGGCACCAUGAAAUACGCAGACUACAACCUCUUCGGUCUGGAAGACGAGUCCAAAGGCUACAGGCUGAGGCUGGGCUCUUACACUGGGACUGCAGGGGACGCCAUGGCCCCAAACAAUCCUAGCACCGUGCAUGACAACAUGAAGUUCUCUGCUAAAGACCUGGAUCAGGACACUUAUGGUGGGAACUGUGCGUCUAGCUAUGAGGGGGGCUGGUGGUACUCGGCUUGUCAUUCUGUUCGACUGAACGUCAAAGGGAGCAUCACUUGGGGUAGUUUCUGUAGUGGGAACUGCCAAGCCUCCGCCAUCCUCAUCAAACCAGCGUCCUACUGUUAGUCACCCCUUCCCCACCCUCCUGUCUGCAGUGAGGCCAACCCCUGCUCCACGAAGGGAGGGAAAAGGGUCAGCGUGUGUCAUGGCCAAACCUCACACCCAACUCGGAGGGGGAAGUAUCAUGUUUAUCCAAAAUGGGGCAACUUUCUCUUUUCUUUUCUUCCGUGCACUUUCCGAGCUAAUCUCUGCUGGGCACUUGUGCUUUGCGUUGACUUGACUUAGUGAUAUUCGUAAUCAGAAGAAUCAUUUGCAAAACCUGCAGUAUCCAGAUGUAGAAGCUCCGGGGAGAGUAAAUGCCUCAGAUCCGUA